CCUCGCAGGUGCUUCCAAUCCAGGGAUCUAUAUAUCUUCUGGGGAGAUCGCCUUUGUUUCCAGAGCUUCUCAACCAUGGCGGAGGGGCAGCUCUUUGUGGAGGGGCAGCCUCCCGACUUCUCCCUCUUGCAGGAGCUGCUGUGUCCGCCUUGCCUCGAACCCGACCCCAGCCUCUUCCCCGAAGCCGCAUGCAGCCGGGAGUCCAGAUUUACCCCCUGCAUGGACAUGGCUUGCUGCCUACAGAUGCCAGAGACCAAAGCCUGGGACUUCUUGCAAGAAGCUCGCCAGGGCCUCUCCCAGCCUGAACCCAGCAAUAGCAGCAGGAGGCUGUGUCAACGGUAUGUGGGGCAUCCUUGGCACAACAGCCACUGUGCCGCUGGGUCCCACGUAAAGUGCUGCUUCCCGGAGGCUGCCCUUGCCUCCUUCAGCCCUUUGGAUGCUCUCAGCCUCAUCAGCCUCCAUUGUUCCAGCCUGGAAAUUGACUCCACGGAGGAUAAAAACCCGAUGUGCUUGGCAUCGGCGCACAUGGAAGAGCCCCAGACAGGGGUCGACAUCUUCUCCAGGCCCGAGCCUCCAAGGGGUGGCACCCGGAGGGUAUCCCGCAAGCAGCCUAGGCCCCAGCGGAGCUGUGAGCCCCUGGAUCCAACUUUCCAAGGCAUUACUUUUCAGAUGCAACUACAAGAUUGUCCGAGCAGCAAGGAGGGCUGCAGGCUCUGCAUUUCUCCCAGAUACAGCAGUGAAAAACUGAGGAAAAGAAGAGUCCCUUUAGUAAAAGAAGGCCAAGCGGGCAGUUCGGAGGAGGAAGAAGGAUGCCUCUCUACCCACAGGAAUAAACGUUGUGCUUCUUGCAAGACGAAGAAAACACCUCUAUGGAGAGAUGCUGAAGAUGGGACUCCUCUCUGCAAUGCCUGUGGCAUUAGGUACAAAAAGUACAGAAUUCGGUGUCUUCAGUGUUGGAAUAUUCCAAAGCAUUGUGGGAAACGCAAUUCACAUUGCUCCAGUUGUGGAGGAAGAUUGCAUGUAGUCGCUGCACAGUCAAAAUCUGGAAAGAGAUGUGCAGUGUUCUAGAGCUUUGCUGUUAAUCGGUUACUAAAAUAGCUCCUAACACAUCUUGCUAGCCUGAUUGAAGGCUUUGAAUGGACUGGUAGGUGGAGAGCCAUUAGAUACACUGACCAAGACUCAGUGGACAUUGGUUUUUUUUGGUUUUUUUGGGUUUGGCUGUUUAUUUUAUGUUGGAUGCUGCUGUUUUGAGGUUGUAGCGCCACCACAUGGUGCACGUUUGUUUGUAGUGUCUGUGUAUGAAUGAGAAACAACCUGAAGUUGCUGCAAGACAAGAGAUGUUGAUAAUUUAAGAUGGAUAGAAAACAACUUGUUGAUUAAUAGAGGGAAUCAAUCCCUGUCAAGGGAUUGUUCCUUUCAGCCACAUAGAAAGCCCUUUAGUGCACAUUGGAUUUAAUAUUUGCACCAUCUGGCACUACCCUAUUGCUGACAAUAUGUUUAAUAUUUUCUAGAGAAAAAGGCAAUUCUGUUUAUUUCCUUAAGCAAAACCUCUGAAAGGAGGUUGCAUCGAACUAAUUACGAACUGUAUAAAACUUUUUAAAAAUGACCAGGAGUGAAAGAACAAAAACACUAACCUGGAAUUCAGUACUUUUGUAAACUCCUGAUUAUAUUUAUCUACUUCUUUUCCUAUUUACCAAGUGUAUUGUUUAAAGUACAGGCUACAUUUUAUACUUGGUGGUGACAAGUUUUUUUUUAAAGAUACUGAUAAACCUCCCUUCCUAGAACAAAAACAUACGAUUGUGUGAAUAUGUUUUCAUAAGUCUAUAAUGUGUUUUGGAAGGGUACUAUUUUCUAGUUGGGAUUGUGAAAUAUGAGACUGUGUGGGUUUUUAUUGAAAUGUUAUUUUUGUGGGGGUUUUUUUGUAAAUAAUAUUUCCUUUUGUUUAAUUGCUGUCUUUCCCCAACACAGCAUAACUAAAAAUAAAUUAAAUGAAAAAUAGACCUGCUGUGUUCUAAAAUUAAACAAUUUGUUGGUUUUCUUUUUUAUAACUUUUUUUAGUUAAUAGGGUAAUUCAAGAUUUCAGUGAAAGUGAGUGUUUUUUUACAGUUAUUUUAUAAUUAAACAAUGGACAAGUUUCUAUAGUUA